AUGGCCGACUGCUGCACAGCAACUUCGCUGACUGAGACGGUAAUCCCUCUGAGACGACACACACACAACCUGAGCUGUUAUCACAGGAGGUCCUUACGGGCCCUUGAGCCCCCACACAGCGACACUGGCACAUGCAUGCUGAGAGAUGACAGCCAGCACUUCUACCACGUACCCGUGUCAAAGCGGCAAUACCCGAAGCGCACUCCGGGCCACAUCAGACCGAGCAAGCUCCAUCCACGAUCGGUGCUGAAAGAAUAA